AUGGGGAAGAAGUCGAAGAGGCGGAGGCUUGACUUGCCAGACGUUAAAGAUUGGGUUCCCUACCAGCCAUUCUCUAAAAAUAAGGAGGAAAUUUUGAAAAAGUUUGAAGAGGCUAACGAGGCUGUUGACGUCCCUGAGGGUUGGAAAGAACCUAAAUUUAAUCCGGAAGACAAUCCGAAUGGAAAAUUAUUUGCACAGUCGACGUUUUCUACUCUGUUUCCGAAGUACAGGGAGAAGUACCUGCGUGAGGUCUGGCCGGCUGUCGUUAAAAUUUUAAAGGAGCACACUAUAGAUGACGAUUUCCUGUUUCCUUUUGCAUCAAAACCUACAAACCUCUGUUUACAGCACAUAAAUGCGGAACUAGACCUCGGAGAAGCUACGAUGGAGGUGCAUACUACUCCGAAAACAUUCGAUCCAUUCAUAAUCCUUAAAGCCCGCGAUCUUAUCCGACUACUGGCCCGUUCGGUUCCGUUGGAUAUUGCAGCGCGCGUUCUUGAGGACGAGGUUUUUGCCGACAUUAUCGAGAUCAAGCUGCGAAAUCGUGAACGCUUCGUGAAACGGCGGAGCAGGUUGAUCGGCGACGAAGGCAAUACUUUAAAGGCCAUUGAACUGGCUACAAACUGCUAUGUCAUGGUGCAAGGCAAAACCGUGGCUGCGGUUGGCCCCUAUAAUGGUCUGAAAAAGGUUCGCCAAGUUGUGAACGACUGCAUCUACGACAAUAUUCAUCCAGCCUAUUACAUCAAGCGGUUCGUAAUCAUUCAGAAACUCAUGGCAGAUCCGACUAAGAAGAAUGUAUCCUGGGACAAGUAUCUGCCACGCAUCAAAAAGAAGACUCUUAGCCGGCGCAGGAAGCCGCAUAAGGUACGUCUCUAG